AUGAUGGAAACACAAAGAGGAGACGAUAGUGAUCCCGAAAAUACAAAAUUUCAAUACUUAUUCGAUAGUUUGCAACAAGAGUUUCAGCAACAAUUAAAACUAGUCAAACUCGUCAAAGGGUCGAAAUUAUCCCCAUGGAAAUAUUUACAAGCCCCACUUUCUUAUGAACCCCACGCAUUACCCACCUUUUCUGGUCGGGAGUGUCGUGAAAGACGAAAUAUUUAA